UGCACAGUCGAUCUUCAGCUCUGUCUGAGUGACCGAAACGAGAGUGUAUGCUAGGAAAACAUAGUUAGAAUAUGACCGUAACCAGGCGAAAUUCAAGAAGUGGGGAUCAUAUGCUAUCUGUAAAUCAUUAGUCAAAUAGUAUUUUCAACAUUCCCUUUAUCACAUCAAGGGUUUUGACAAUGUUCGGUGGAUAACUUGUCGCAAGACCUGCCGUGAUUCACCGCACUGCGCUGUUUCUGUGCAAUCCGGCCUCAAAGGCGUGUCCGCAUUCAACUGUGUGUACAUUGCCGCUUCACCGGCGCCUGUGGAAUUUACACGAACUGCAUGGGAUGCAAUCCACUGACUGACGAUCUGUGAUCGCCUGGAGCUGGGAUUUAUUUUCGGAACUAGAUGAUCGAAAAACUCUGAUUGCCAGUAUAAAUCUAAAUUGGUUCCCUUUUAAGGAAGGAAGAACUUUUUGACUUGCGUUUAUGUUGAGCAAGCAAUGUCUAAUAUGACAAAAGAGGAUAACGACUCUGCUACCCUUCCCACCGAUGUGAACCGAGCCAACGACUGCUCCACAGAUGACGGGGAAGAUGCCGAGGAGAAGGCUAGGCUAAUAUGUCAGGUCCUGGAACUACAGAAUACACUAGAUGAUCUCUCUUUAAGAGUAGACAAAGUGAAAGAAGAGAACCUGAAGCUAAAAUCAGAGAAUCAGGUCCUGGGUCAGUACAUAGAGAACCUCAUGUCAGCAUCCAGCAUGUUCCAGUCGACAUCACCCAAAAACAAGAAGAAGUCAGGAGGCAAAAGCAAGAAGUCGGACAAGUGAGAUAGUCUGCUGCCCUCUUUGGUCAACAUCUCAUGAGCUCAAAUGGUGUCUCACCAAUGUGCAAUGGCUUUAAAAUCGUUUGGGAAAAGGUGUUCUUUGUCUGUGUGUUAUUAUAAAUGUAGGUGUUGAGUGAGAAUGUGUUGCAUUAUACAUGUCAUAUAACUGCAUUAUAUUUCUCCCUUUUCACCGAAUUAUUUGUCAUUGUAACACUCUUCACCCCACUCUUUCAAAGGACAAACAUUUGGAAAUCUUGAUUUGUCCUCUCUGUAAUUUUUUACCCAUGCAGGAGUUCACUUAAAAAGAGUGGGGAUGGGUCUUGUUACUUUUUUUGGGGGGGGGGAUUUGGUUCUUUGUAUUACCACUUUCAUCACUAUUUCCAAUGAAUUUUCAUCAAUACCGUACUUAUUUAUUCUUACAAAGAGUUGUAAUAAAAUGUUUGACGAUAUUCUGUAGUAUGAAGCCAACAACCACUCCUUCUGAAUAGAUGGUUUAAUCUCUUUCAAAACAUGAGCUAAGUCAAUUACUGCAUCUGAUUGGCUCAGACCAAUUUAUUUCAUGAAACACAGAUGACCUGUUGGUCAAGAAGUGACAGUGGCUAUUACAAUGUAAGGGGAAAAUAUUUUUUUAAACAAUCAUCAGGAGCUAUAUUUGUAGAACAGUCAUGUUACUAUCAAAGUCCGAGUUAAGAAAAAUAUUCAACAACCUUUCUAAAUGAAAAAAUGUUGGUGUAC